CGGCGCCAAAGUAACUCCUUUGGCAUUUUUGUAGCCAAAUGAGAGAACCACAACAAACGGGCGUAAACACUUGACUAAAAAUUGCAAGUAUGUUUGCUAACCCCUGAAUGGCAAUCCUCCGUUGAAAAGAGCGGUUCCUGCCUCCUGUCGGUUCUUCAAAUAACAUCAAAAAUGGCGGACGACAUGGUCAACAUGUCAACUUGUCGGCGUUUUCUUUGAAAAAAUGUAAAUUAAGUUUGUUUAAAUGCAUCACAAAGUGAGUUCCAAUCGAAUUAGUUCGCCCCGACAGCAAUUGCAAAAAUAGGGUGCACACCAUGAACGCCCCAAACCCCUCCGGGGACGCUUGCCGUCUCUGCGAUGAAAAUAAAGAUAAAAUGUACAGCAUUUUCUGCAAGAACACGCAAGGCCUGCAAAUACUGCACCUAAUCAAAGAAUGCUUGCCUCUUAUUAUAUAUAGAACAGACCCCCUUUCUAAGCACGUUUGCGAGGAAUGCUUCAGCAAACUAGAAACGUUUUACAAAUUCAAGAAAACUAGUCUAGACACGGCCGACAAACACAAGAAGCACCUGCAGAGCACGAGGGACGGCGGCAACAAACGCGUCCAGCUGUACCUGGGCUGUGAAGACACCGAAAUGAACGAAGUCAACAUUCCCACCCACAGUAGCAUAGGCACCUCAACGGACGACCUCACAAUAUCCUGUCUCAACUGCAAGUCAACCUGCUUCGACUCCAGCACCAUAAACAGUGAAGUUGAGUUGUGUGCCGAGUUACAUAAAGCUAUAACAGACUCUCUGAGUGUUAACAAACUGGUGACUUCGUCCGAAUCCGAGAAGGUGCUCCGGAGCCGCAGACGAAAAAGCCAAGCCUUCUACCACGAACUCGACGACUCACUUUGCAGCAGUUUAACCGAAUUCACAAACACUGAAAGCUCGCAAUGCUACGAGGAGUAUCACACAGACGUGGAGUCGUACGACUCGGACAACGAGGACCUGAACAGGGCGAAACGGCGCAAACUGAACGAUUCUGUCGUCAGCAAGGACAAGGCCAAACGCGAGCUGGACGUCCAAACACUUAGGGAAAUUUACAAGGACGAGACCGAGGCCCGGUACUUCCCCCUCAGUCUGAUGACCCUCGCCUUAAACGUGGUGAACAAACGAUUAGUCCCAGGCCACGAACCCUACGAUUUCUACCAAAAGGUGGUCGAACCCCAAUGUACAUACUGCAAUUUACAGUUCAAAAACUCCAAGUUGUUGGCGUUGCACGAAGUCGAGCACAUCAACAUCGAGCUGGGGGAGAAGGUGGACAACCCCAUCCCCUGGCACGAGUCACGCGACGACGCCCACGUGCGCAACAAGUGGCUCAACAGCUACGACGAAGUCGAGGAGCCAGAACCUGGCGAUUUCAUGGAAGUCGAACCACCGACAGCUGGUGAUAGUUUACUCAUACCCGUGGGCACGGAAAUCACCCAAGAGGAGGAACAAAUCACCAGUGACAUACUCCUAGUGAUGGCCAAACCAACCGUUCACGGCAUCCCCUUAGCCGAGUACUCCAAAGAAGAACGCAAGAGCUUCUACAAGUCGAUGAAAGUCGGCGGUGUUAAUAAGAAGUUCUGUCCCUUGUGUCGUUACAGCUUCAAGGAUAACUGGGCCAUAGAAUCACACUAUUUCUCCCUUGCUUGCUAUUACACGUGUCGCUACUGCGGCAUGCGUUUCAAUAAACAGCGGCAUCGGUUCGACGAACACGUCAAAGAACACGAGGAACAAGGAGACCCACUUUCGACAAAAAUUUACGCCGCCAGUAAACUAAACAAUUUCGUCCCGCGUGAAAUACAACCCGAUAAAGUUAAGAAAAGUAGCGAAAUGCCACAACCAGUCGUUAAAGUAAAGACGUUCCCGCGCAAAAGCUUACAAUCGUCUGGUAUUAAAAUCAAAGAGGAGAAGCUUGAUUCCGACGACGAGAAACCGCCCCCCACGCUGUCCAAGGCCCCCCAAGCCGCCCCCAAAACCACCAACCAGGCCUACUUCUGCCGCAAAUGCUACAAAGUGUUCUUCAAACUGGACGAGUUCAACAUCCACAGCAAGAACUGCGACUACAACCAGUUCCCGCAAGGGCGCACCAAAUUCGCGCCCCCCAGCUCCAACGGCGAGGUGGUGUCCCCGACGGGGCGCCCCAUGAGGCACUGCGUGCGCGAGACGACCUACAAAGACGACGAGUCGCGGGAAUCCCCCACCCAAACUUUCGUCUGUUUCAUCUGCAACACGCCGUUCCCCACGAUCUACUCGCGCAACAGCCACAUGCGCAUCCACAAGGGGGAGACCACAGCCCCCACGAAGCCCACAAUGACGACCAGGACGCGCCAAAGUUUGAACAAUGAAACCACUUACCCCAAUUAUAUCAAGCGCGAGCCGCUGGAGCCCGAGAUACAGAUACACGAGAGCGAGCAAAACAAUUAUAAAAAUGAUUCGAUCGGGGCUGUUAGUAUAACCCCCAUUUCGAAAAACCCGAAUCAGAAAGCCACGAUUAAUCCGAACAUCAUGAAGUUGGUUCAGAACAACCCACAUUUGACGAUUCGGGCGAAUAGGUCGCCCGAGAGACAACCGGCGCCGUCGGCCAGUAACGCGAAUAAUGCCUCGGAUUUGGAUAACAAGUCGUACAAGUGUUCGAGCUGUUGGGAGCCGUUUUCGAACAAGUCACACCUUUAUUUUCAUAAGAAAAAUCAGUGUGAGGGGUCGAAGUAUCCGUGUCCGUUUUGCAAAAAGCGCUUCGGGACGGAGGCGGCGUACAGUUCGCAUAUUUUCUACAGCCAUCCCGAGUAACUGCAUUCCAUGGGGGAAAAUACAAGUUGCUGGUUUUAUUCGGAAUUUUAUGGUCGCAAAUGCCAUUACAGUUUUAUUUGUGAUAUAUACGUAAUUAGUUCAAGUGAUAUCUUACUUCUGAUUUACACCUUCUCAUCGUGCGUGGAUCGCUUAAUUAACUUUACCUUUUUUAAUUUUAUUUAUUUGUCAAAAAUACUCGAAAUUUCGAAAGAUCUACUCUAUUAUUUAUUUGGAACAUUUGGUGUACUUUUUACAGUAUUUUUGUUCAUGUUUAGGUUAAGUCGUUUCCUAUUAUGCUAAACGUAAGUUUAAAUUUUUGUAAAAUUAGAGUAAACUCGUAGCUAUAUCAUGUAUGUAAAUAAUCAUGUAACAGGUUUAUGACGUGAAUAAACACUAUAUUUAGUA